UUUUUUUUAUUGAUUCACAGUCACUUUUUUCGACAUCCAUUUUUGGUAAUUCACUUCUCUCUGUCUCUCUCACUUUUGUUGAGCAUCAUGGAUAAUAUACAGCCUUUAUCUCAACUACAAGGACAUAAAGCACCUGUUAUUACUGCUGAGUAUGCAAAGAAUACUAUCUUGGGAAAUCAUGUACUUGCUUCUGGAUCAGAGGAUAAGACGUGUAGACUAUGGGAUCUCCAAUCAAACAAAGUGAUCAAAGGGCUUUCAGGGUUCCAUGAGCCAGUGACAAGUAUUAAAUUUGCUACAAAAUCAAGCAUGCCAUAUAUGUAUCUUUCUUCAGGCACAAAAGUAUAUACGUUUGACUUGAGAAACCAAGGCAUGCUAUUAACUGAGCCUAUACACACUUAUGAAUUCAGUCAAGAUGAAAUCAAUCAAAUUGAUGUGCAUGAAAACAAUCAAUUUUUGGCUACUGCUGAUGAUGAAGGCAGUGUUCAAAUCAUUGAUCUGAAUACACACAAGAUACAUAAAAAGACAAGCAAGAAACACAGCAAUAUUUGCAUGACUGUCAAAUUUCGUCCAAAGAAACCAUGGGAAGUAUGGUCUGGUGGUAUGGACAGUAAAGUAUACAAUUGGGAUUUCUCUCGAGGAUUACCCACUCACAUAUACGACAUGAGUCAAAAAGAAGCUUCAGCCAAACAAAUGUUCAAUCCACCUUUUGUACACACCAUGGCUAUCUCGCCUGAUGGUACAUGGAUUGCUGCUGGUUUAGGAGACACCAGUAUUCAAUUGAUUUCACCUCCUAGCAAGAAACAAAAGACACAGAUAGAAAAACGCCUUGAAGAUGGCCAUAACACCAUGGUCAAUUGCUUGUCAUUUCUGACUCAUGAGCAACUGCUUUCAGGCUCAACCAAUGGUCGAGUGACUCUAUGGAAUAUCACAUCUUUAGAUAAACAAGUGUUUCAAUUGGAUCACUCAAUGGGCAAACUCAAUAGUCUACAGGCAUGGAUGCAUGAUCGUAUUGAGUUUGCUGCUGCAGGUACUUCUAUCCAUCAUGCAGGUGCAUUAAAUAUCUAUACAAUAAAAGCAUAAGCCACUUAAGGUGAAUGAAA